GGGUUGCCUGAGGAUGAAGCUCUCCAACUUUUUAGUCGGUACGCUUUUAAGCAAAGUAAUCCUAACAAAGAUUAUGAUGACCUAUCAAAAAGGGUUGUCAAAUAUGUUGAAGGUGUUCCAUUAGCUCUUAAAGUGUUGGGCUGUCAUUUACUUGGUAAGUCAAAACAAAUUUGGGAAAGUGCAAUAAAUAGAUUAGAAAUAAUUCCUCAUAAGGAUAUUCACAAUGUACUAAAAGUAUGUUAUGAGGGACUGAGUGAUUAUGAACAAAAUAUGUUUCUAGAUAUUGCAUGUUUCCUUAAGUUGGAGAAUAUAGAAUUUGUGAUGGACUUCUUGAAUGCUUAUUACUUGGAGGCUGAAAUUGAAGUAAGUGCUCUCAAAGACAAUUGUCUCAUGAACAUAUCAAGAGAUAAUAAGGUAACAAUGCACACUUUGCUUCAAGAUAUGGGAAGGGAAAUUGUUUGACAAGAAUCCCCAAGAAAUCCUGGUACACGUAGCCGUUUAUGGUACCAUAGAGAUAUUGAUAGUGUAUUGAAGGAAAACAAGAUGUCUAAUGCAAUCGAAGGCAUAUGUUUAGACAUGUCUCAGCAAGUAGAGGACAUAUACUUACAACCUUCUUCUUUAGGAGUGAUGAAUCAACUGAGAUUCUUUAAACUACAUAACUCAGUGGAUAAUAUCAAUAAGGUGUAUGUUUCCCACAGGCUUAGUUCUAUUUCCUCUGAGCUACGAUACGUAUGCUGGUAUGGAUGUCCAUUGGAAUCAUUGCAGCCAAAUUUUCUGUCAAAGAACCUUGUUGCACUUGACAUGCCUCAUAGCCAUAUUGAUCAACUUCGGUCAAGUGUUCAGCUUGUUAAUUUGAAACGUAUUGAUCUAAGUUUUUCUAAACGUCUGAGAAGCCAAGAUCUCUCAUUGACUCCAAAUGUUAAAAUUUUGGUUCUGGAAGGUUGUACAAGUUUACAUGAGAUUUCCUCGUCCAUUCUCGGUUGCAAAUAUGAGCUUCAUAUGUUAAAUCUAAGGCACUGCAGAAGCCGUGAGAGUCUUCCAACAGACAUUCAUGUAGCAUCUUUCGAAAAAGUUAUCUUAUCUGGAUGUUUGAAACUCAAGCAGUUUCCACAGGCCUUGUGGGAUAUGAAAGAGAUAUAUUUAGAGGAAACUGCAAUCGAGGAUUUGCCCUCAUCAAUAGAGAAUUUAUCCAGACUAGUUAUAUUAAAUCUUAAGGACUGCUCAAUGCUUCAGGGGCUCCCAAGCAAUAUCUACCAGUUGAAAUCUCUUCAGUAUCUCAGUCUGUCGGGGUGUUUAAAACUUGAUGGAUUGCCUGAUAAAUUGGGAACUUUAGAAGCUUUGAGGGUGCUUAAAGCAGAGAGGGUAGCUACAAGAGAAGUACCAACAUCAAUUCUAAAUUUAAGAUGUCUAGAAGAGUUAGAUCUGACCAACUGUAGUAUUGUGAAGUUGCCGAACAAUCUUGGUCAGUUAUCAUCGCUAAAAAGUUUACUUCUUGGCAGAAACUUCUUUAACAGCAUUCCAGAAGGUAUAGAACACUUGUCUGAAUUAUCUUAUCUUGAUGUAAGCUAUUGCGAGAGGCUUCAAGUCCUGCCAAAGCUUCCAAGCAAAUUGGACAAUAUAAAUGCAAACAAUUGCGUUGGAAGAACCACUAAGUUUACGAGAUCUUCUGAAAAGAGAUUUUUCUCCCAGCAUAAGAUUUAACUUCAGCAAUUGUUUCAAACUGAAUCAAAAUUCUUGCAGUAAAAUUAUGAGACAAUUUCAAAUGUCAGCGAAUCUUCAAAUUUCAAGGGUAUGUAUGGUUGGGAACAACUAAAAGGUCUCCACACUCUUCCUUAUUUCUUAUAAUUUCCAUUACUGGUUAACUUCAAUUUAUUUAUUUAUUUUUUUACAGGGAU